CCCCCCCGGUGCCCGCGGCGCCAUGGCGGAGGCGGCGGGAGCGGCGCUGCUGGGCGGUGGGAGCGAGCGGCGGUGCCGGGCGCGGCUGGCGGCGGCGGCGGGGCGGCGGGGGGGGGCGGCGGCGGCGGCGGCGGCCGUGCUGGUGCCGCUGUGCUCGGUGCGCGGCCGCCCCGCGCUGCUCUUCACCCUCCGCUCCCGCCGCCUGGGCGGCCCCCACAGCGGCGACGUCAGCUUCCCCGGGGGGCGGCGCGACCCGGCGGACGGCGACGCGGUGGCCACGGCGCUGCGGGAGACGCGGGAGGAGCUGGGGGUGGCGGUGGCGGCACCGAGCGUCUGGGGGCAGCUGCGGCCGCUGCCCGACCGGCAGGGACAGAUGGUGGCUCCCGUUGUGGCCAACCUGGGGCCCUUGGAGGACUGGACAUUAACCCCCAACCCCGAUGAGGUGGAGGAGGUCUUCACCCUGCCCCUGGCUCACCUGCUGCGGGAGGAGAACCAGGGCUACACCCAUUUCCGCACCGCCGGCCGCUAUGGCUACACCCUGCCUGUCUUCCUCAACGGCCCCCACAAGGUCUGGGGGCUGACAGCCAUCAUCACCGAGCUGACGCUGGAGCUGCUGCUGCCCAGUGGCUACCGCAGGAAGACCUACGUGCCGGCACGAAGCCCCUCGACGUGACGCCAGAGGGAACGAGGUGGCCCUCAGGUGCCGGGGGGGCAUUUUUAGGGGUGGCCUUGACAUGCACACCGGGAUGGGGUGGGAGGAGGGUGCCGUGAGGAAACCAGCCCUUCCACCCAUGGGUGCUGCUGCCUGCCAGGCUCCACCUGCCUGCAGCUGGCGUCACACACUGUGAUUUAGUAAAAAGCCAUGUUUGGAACCA